AGUCAGGCUAAGUUUGACUUGCAUCGGGCGCGUGAGGCGUGUGACUGGGUGGAGGCCGUUACCGAAGUGCCUCUGGACUGGCCUACGUCUGAUGGACUCAUUGAUCAGCUCGCAUUCGGCCACGCCCUCAAGGAUGGUAUCGCACUCUGCACGUUGCUGAACCACCUCCAGCCUGGAUCGGUCAAAAGAAUCAACACAAUGAAGGCUCCCUUCAAACAGAGGGAAAACGUGGAGAUGUUCCUCAAGGGCUGUGAAGCCUACGGUCUCAAGAGUCAAGACCUCUUCCAAGUGAAUGACCUCUAUGAGAACAGAAACCUCUACAUGGUUGUUGACUGCCUCUAUGCCCUGGGAGGACUUGCCCAAAAAAGGAGUUUCGAUGGGCCAGUAAUUGGCGUGAAGGUUGCUAUGGAGAAUAAGAGGAACUUCUCUGAGGAGAAGCUAAAGGAGUCUCACAAGAUCAUUGGGCUACAGUAUGGCAGCAAUAAGGGAGCAUCACAGGCGGGAAUGACUGCAUACGGAACUGGGCGGCAAAUCAUCCCCGGAGAAGCCCAAAAGAAUUUGUCAGUCGAUGGUCAGAAGAUUAUUGGUCUUCAGUCUGGAAGCAACAAGGGAGCGUCGCAGGCUGGCAUGACGCCCUAUGGAGCUCCACGCCAAAUCAUCCCUGAUGAUCACGAGAGGUAGUGUGUGGUCAAGCCCCUGUCUUGCAGACCCACCCGCAUCCCAUAGAACUUUUUUUCAUUUCAGAACACAGAUAUUUAUCUCUUCAGCUCAUGGAUAACCUUCUUUGUAAACAACCAAGAUUGAUUUAUAUGCCACAGAAACAUACUACUACUGCUUAAUUUCAUUUUGAAAUUACUUAAUGUUUGUUAUUCACAAAAGACUCGCAGUCGGGAAAGGAAAUGUCCGACAAAGUUCUGGUCCCUCCUGAAUCAUUAUUAAAUUAUCAGAAAGUGGUUCAGGAUGGUCUAAAAUUUCUUUGACAAUGUGAGUUAGUUGUAAAUUCUUCCAGCCACAAUAUUGUGACUUUUAAUUUGUAUUUGCAACACUAGUAUCCAGUUAUAUAUUUUUCUUGGUGAAAAAGACAAAUACACAGAGGAACUUUGAAACGUUUCACCUGUGAACAAACCUGUUCAACAGGUGAAUCGUCUCGGUGAAGUUUCUUUCCGCAGUUUUCUUUUUCACCACUGAAUAGCAAUGAACCAUUUGUCUCCACUCAUUCUUAUUUUUAAUAUCUGUUCAGAAUAAAUGAAAGAUAUCUUUUAAACCAAUAGUCACAAGUGUCUGUAAAUUUAGAAAGACUUGUAUUUUUUUUCUCCAAGAGAUAUACGUACUACCGAACAAAUUGCUUCAAACAGAUGUUGUUUAUCAAAUAUCAGAGUUUGUAGAAUGUGCUUAAGCAUGAAUGUUUUAAUGAGAUUCUAGUUGAAAAUUUAAGUGAAAAUUAUACUAUAUAUAUAUUUAAAAUGUAAUAGUUAAACUUACAAGGCAUGUUUGUUUCUGAAAUAAAAUGUCAAGUUAUUUAAUACUGAAAAUGUUAUGUCCGUGAAUAAUAAUGUAUUCAUUCAUUAGAGAUUUUAAUGAAAUUAUUCAUGUUUCUUAAAUCCUUGUCCUUUUUUUUUUUUUUUCUUUCUUUAUUCCCUGCUUAUAAGUUUAUUGUAAGAUUACUUUUCUCUUAAUAAAUGAACUGUAUAUUACAUUUACAGUUUUCCUAGCUAUUAUAACUUAUUUUUCUAUCACAACUCAUCAUGCACAUUUCUUUCUUAUUUUCCUUGUGCUUUAAUUCCUUGCCGAAGUUACCACUAUUAGAUUAAAAAGUCUUGUUAUAUGCCAUAAUUGCAUGCUAAGUGUUCCCAGCGCUAGCUGAAGGUAAAACUAUUUUAGUUCUCUGGCUUCGACAUUUUUCACUGCAUCAUUUUCUCUUUUCAUUUUAGAUCUGCUCUAAUACAAAGCUCAAAACACAAUAGCAUCACCCUGAAGACUGAAGCAAUGGAGUAUGUGCUGCGUAGAACUAGAAAUCAAUUUUCCAAUAUUGAUUCUGUUGUGCAUUUAAAUAGGAGUUAGUGUACUGUUUAAAAUUCCAGUGAAGUAUUCGCAGUUAGUCAGGCCUGGCAAAGGUACCAGCUGAAUUUCGUGUAUCGAGGGUUCUUCAUUAUACAGUGAAAAAUAUUUUUUAAUCUAUUUACUAUUCACUCGAGCCUUUAAUCUGCAUUCUCUUAACUUUAUUGGAAUUUUUAACACGUACAAUUUGACCUUGUCCCCACACAGUUUAUACAGAGAAAUGAAAAAUGGCCAGAAUCCAUAUUAGAUAUUUUAAUUCAUGGGUUUUUAAUGUUAUUAUGACCAAAUAUAGAAAAUGUAUAAUGACUGUAAGUAACCACUAUUUUUAUUGUCAGUAUUGUACAAUUGUUUUCACAUCAUUAGCAUUAUACUCUUCCAGUUGGUUAAAAGGGGUCAUUCAUCGCAUUUAAAUAAAUGUAAUAUUAAUUAAUAGUGUUAUUAGGUAAGUCUUGAAGAGUCCUCUAUUAUAAGAUUUUUAUAAUGUCCUAAAAUUUUACUAACUAAUGUUAAGUGUUUUUACUGUGGUUCUCAAUAAACAUUUGGCUGGU